GAUUCGGCCGGGUGCCCCUGGCGGCCGUUGCCAGGGUGGGGGUCGCUUUGCGGCAUGGCGAUGGCGGAGGGCGAGCGGACUGAGUGUGCUGAGCCCCCCCGGGACGAGCCCCCGGCUGAUGGCGCUUUGAAGCGGGCAGAGGAGCUCAAGACGCAGGCCAACGACUACUUCAAGGCCAAGGACUACGAGAACGCUAUCAAGUUCUACAGCCAGGCCAUCGAGCUGAACCCCAGCAAUGCCAUCUACUAUGGCAACCGCAGCCUGGCCUACCUGCGCACCGAGUGCUACGGCUACGCGCUGGCCGACGCCACACGGGCCAUUGAGAUAGACAAGAAAUACAUUAAGGGCUACUACCGCCGGGCCGCCAGCAACAUGGCACUGGGCAAGUUCCGGGCUGCCCUGCGUGACUACGAGACGGUGGUGAAGGUGAAGCCCCACGACAAGGAUGCCAAAAUGAAGUACCAGGAGUGCAACAAGAUCGUGAAGCAGAAAGCCUUCGAGCGGGCCAUUGCAGGCGAUGAGCACAAGCGCUCCGUGGUGGACUCGCUGGACAUCGAGAGCAUGACCAUUGAGGAUGAGUACAGCGGGCCCAAGCUUGAGGAUGGCAAAGUGACAAUCACCUUCAUGAAGGAGCUCAUGCAGUGGUACAAGGACCAGAAGAAACUGCACCGGAAAUGCGCCUACCAGAUCCUGGUACAGGUCAAAGAGGCCCUCUCCAAGCUGAGCACGCUCGUGGAGACCACGCUCAAAGAGACAGAGAAGAUUACGGUGUGCGGGGACACCCAUGGCCAGUUCUAUGAUCUCCUCAACAUAUUUGAGCUCAAUGGUUUACCCUCAGAGACCAACCCCUAUAUAUUUAAUGGCGACUUCGUGGACCGUGGCUCCUUCUCCGUAGAAGUGAUCCUCACCCUGUUUGGCUUUAAGCUCCUGUACCCAGAUCAUUUUCACCUACUUCGAGGCAACCACGAGACGGACAACAUGAACCAGAUCUAUGGCUUCGAGGGCGAGGUGAAGGCCAAAUACACAGCCCAGAUGUACGAGCUCUUCAGCGAGGUGUUCGAGUGGCUCCCGCUGGCUCAGUGUAUCAACGGCAAAGUGCUGAUCAUGCACGGGGGCUUGUUCAGUGAGGAUGGCGUCACCCUGGACGAUAUCAGGAAGAUUGAGCGGAACCGGCAGCCCCCAGAUUCAGGUCCCAUGUGCGACCUGCUCUGGUCAGACCCACAGCCUCAGAACGGACGCUCGGUCAGCAAACGGGGCGUGAGCUGCCAGUUUGGCCCUGAUGUCACCAAGGCCUUCCUGGAGGAGAACCACCUGGACUACAUCAUCCGCAGCCACGAAGUCAAGGCUGAGGGUUACGAGGUGGCGCACGGCGGCCGCUGUGUCACCGUUUUCUCCGCCCCCAACUACUGUGACCAGAUGGGGAAUAAAGCCUCCUACAUCCACCUCCGGGGCUCCGACCUACGGCCCCAGUUCCACCAGUUCACAGCAGUGCCUCAUCCCGACGUCAAGCCCAUGGCCUACGCCAGCACGCUGCUGCAGUUAGGGAUGAUGUGAGGCCCGCGCGUCCCAGGGCCUGCUCCCCCUGUGACCCCAGGCCCGGCCCAGGGCAACGUUGGACCCCCUUUUACUUUGUAAAGUUUGUAUUUAUUCCCCUUUAGGUUUGCAGAGGGGGUGG